AGCUUUCUUUGGAAAUCACGAGAUGUCUUCCAUUGAUGGCGAGGCCGACGUUGUCGCGGGCGAAGAGCCAGAAUACGAAGAGAAGCUGGACGAGCAGCCGAAGAGCAUCUUGAUGGCCAUGAUUCGUCAGCUGAAAACGGGGAUGGACCUCUCGCGCGUCACUCUUCCGACUUUCAUCCUUGAACCUAGAUCCUUCCUCGAGAAAUGCUCAGACUUCAUGGCUCACGGGAGAUUAAUUCAAGACAUUGCUACAACAUCUGACCCCCUUGAGCGCUUUCUCACCGUUACUCGAUGGUAUCUGUGUGGUUGGCAUUUCAAGCCACCGGGUGUGAAAAAGCCGUACAAUCCGAUCCUCGGAGAAGUGUUUCACUGCAAAUGGGAUUAUGGUGACGGUGGAACAACUUAUUACCUCGCGGAGCAGGUUUCUCAUCAUCCGCCUAUCUCGGCGUUCCAUUUCGUUAACAGAAAGGCUGGAUGGAUACUGAAUGCAGCGAUUAAUCCCAAGAGCAAAUUCUUGGGCAACAGUGCUGCUUCUAUCAUGGACGGACAAGCUUCACUGCAUAUUCUGGCACUCGGCGAAACCUACACGUUCAAUUUUCCUUCUUAUUACGUUCGAGGGCUCUUGAUUGGUGUCAUGCGCAUGGAGAUCGCGGGGGAUGUUCAAAUUUCUUGCAAGGAAACGGGUUUUCAAUGGACCGCUUCGUUCACGAACAGGGGUUAUUUCAAGGGAGAAAACAAUUCAGUGAGCGGCAAAGUCACAAGGAUCGGCAGCAAAGACACAAUCUGCAAAAUCGACGGUCGUUGGGAUCGUGUGAUCAAGAUUACAGAUAAGAAGACGGGUGCGUCAAAUGUUUUCUUGGAUGUUGAAGCUGAGAAGCAGAAGAGCUUCAUGCCUCUGAACGUCGACCCUGAAGACAAGCAGAAGUACUACGAGUCUCGCAGAGUGUGGAGUCAAGUCACGAGAGGCUUGAAGACUCAAAAUCUCGACUUUGCCACGGAGCACAAGACGAAACUCGAGGACGGACAGCGUGCGGGCAAGAAGGAGAGGGACGAGCGCGGCCAAGCGUGGCAGACCAAGCUGUUCGAGAAGGUCGUCCCCAACGACCCGCUCUCAUGGCGCUGCAAGAUCUGCAAGUUCACAGCCUACAACCCCAACGACCCGGAGGAGGAGAAGUUCGGAGCUCAGCUGAAGGCGCUUGCUGACUCUGGUGAACUCGCCGUGGGCACGGAGUUGAUGGCCACCCUCAAGGGCUCCAGCAGUUGAGCAGUGGCGAUUCAUCCCGCAGUUGAUAACCCGAGGACGAUGAAGGAGCCUCGCUCACUAGACGAGAGAUGCUAGACGAGUCGCACGCUUCAUCCGCGUGCUUCGAUCGCUUGACUUGUUAAAAUUCGAACCUUUUCAUUUC